AUGAAGUCCCUACGGGUGCAGUCCGCUCUCGGGCUCCUCCUUCGGCCUUGCGCCGCUCCGACGGUCGCCGUUCCCGGGCUCAGGGCACAAGCACGAUGGGCACAUAAGCCCGCACAACAAUCCGAGAUCCCCCAGAUCCCAGCGCCGAUCCCCUUCGUCCCGGAUGUCGAAACCUUUCUCACUGUAAUCGGCCGCGGUCUCAAACAACACGCCUCCAAGUUCCCCACGUGGGAUGCACUCUUCACUCUGACGUCGGACCAGCUCAGAGAACUCGGCGUCGAGCCGCCACGUACGAGGCGGUACCUGCUAAGGUGGCGGCAGCGGUUUAGGGAGGGCAAGUUCGGUAUUGGCGGCGACAUUAAGCACAUCGAGAACGGCUCUGCGGAGCUGAGGAUUCAGGAGGAGGACAAAACCCCGCUGCUUCGCAUACGGCGUGUUGUCAACGUACCCCCCGGGAAGAAGGUUGAUGAGCUGUCCCCAUCCGAGAUGGUUCGGGUGGGCGGCUUCAAGGUCGACGGGGUCCGCACCAUCGUCGGCCCGUAUGCGCUGCCCAUGAAGUACGGCGGCGCGCGUCUCUCGAUAACGGAGGGCAUGUGGGAGGACAGGAGGGGACACAAGGUGGAUGGUGGUGAGCGGAGACAGGCCGAGAUCCGCUUCAAGAGGCGUGUAGCAGAGCGGAAGGCGUUGCGGGAAUCACAGGGCUUCUAUUAG